AAUUUCAAUUUGUCAAAUCGAAAUGUGCAGACGUUUUUGAAUGCACGUAAAAUUGUUUUCUUCGACUUUCCAUUUUCGGUAUUUCCAUUCAAAUUAUAUUUGUGUCUGAUGUAGCGUGAUUUAUAUCCAAAUGUACGUUAAACUGGCGCGGGAGAGUUACUCGUUUAAUUGAUAAAAUGCGUAGUAAAGUUAUUGAACUUUCGAAAAUGUCGUAUAAAAAUUACUGUGUUGUGUUUGUAAUUUUCGCUCUCGCGAUAGUUCAAGCUGUCGGUCACGACACUGAACUGUACGAAACCGCUGCGUGCGACAGCAACGCUUGCUUCGAGGAGCUGCACGGCGCUCUGGGAGACUGCUCAUGUAACGUAGACACCAUAGAUUACUUCAACAAUGUUAAGAUUUUCCCCAGGAUUCAGAGCGUGGUGGGGAAAGACUAUUUUCGUUUCUACAAGGUCAAUUUAAAAAAGGAAUGCCCGUUUUGGGUAGACGACAGCAGGUGCGCUAUGAAAUAUUGUCACAUAAAAACUUGUUCCAAAGAAAGUGUGCCGGGCAUCGAGAAUGGAUACGGCAACGAUGACGAUGAGGAGUUCCCUGCUUUAAAGUAUUCAGAAAACGCGCAGACAACUCCUUGUGGAUCGGAUACCGAUCACGAUCCUGCAUUAGGCUACCUAAAUAUGACCCUAAGUGCUGCGAGUCAAUACGAGAUCGCCAAGUGGAAAGCAUACGACGAUUCUAUAGGAAAUUUCUGUGAAUGUGACGACAAAGAUGCAGAUGCAGAGUAUGUCGAUUUGUCUUUGAACCCCGAAAGGUACACAGGUUAUAAAGGCCCUUCUGCUCAUAGAAUAUGGAGAAGUAUCUAUCAAGAAAACUGUUUCAGGGUUAAAACAAACCCUUAUGAAUCAUUCCCCUAUGUUUUAAGCUCAGAUUUAAGUAACAUGUGCCUUGAGAAAAGAGUGUUUUACAGAGCAGUAUCUGGUCUACAUUCCAGUAUUAACAUCCAUUUAUGUUCUAAGUAUUUACUGUCAGAAAAGAAAAUAGGAUUUGCAGCGCCACCUGAAGGUGAAUGGGGCCCUAAUUUGGAGGAGUUCCAACGCCGAUUCGAUCCAUCAAAAACAUUUGGUGAGGGCUCAAAUUGGUUGAAGAAUUUAUACUUUGUGUACUUGUUAGAAAUGCGAGCAUUGGCUAAAGCAGGGCCAUAUUUGGAGAGAGAAGAUUACUUUACUGGUAACCCAGUAGAGGAUGAGGAGACUAGAGAUGCUAUUCGCAACAUGUUAGGAGUUAUUUACACUUUCCCAGAUCAUUUCAAUGAAUCGUCAAUGUUCACAGUAGGAAAUCAGGCCAUCAAAUUGAAACAGGAGUUCCGAGAACAUUUCUGGAAUAUAUCUCGUAUAAUGGAUUGUGUGGGCUGUGAUAAGUGCAAGCUUUGGGGCAAGCUGCAGACUCAAGGUCUCGGGACAGCAUUGAAGAUUCUCUUCUCUGGUCAAUGGGACAGUUUUGAAGGGGAUUCAGAUCAAGGCAGAUUAAUGUUGAAACAUAAGUCACACAAAAGGUUGCAAAGGACAGAAAUUGUUGCAUUAUUCAAUGCAUUUGCCAGAUUGUCUAAUAGUAUAAGAGAACUGGAGAACUUCAGGAAUAUGCUCAGCACGCACACAGAAGCGCCCCAGAAGAGUAUAUUCGGCGGGAAUGAAGACGUCGACGCGAAGAAAACCAGGUGCUCUUCAGCUGGCUCCAAAGCUCGGAUAUGGAGUUAACUCCCUAGGGAGAUCGGUUUCUAUUUACCUACAGGGUAGAAAAUGUUUCUAAAUACAAAAAGUGAAACGAUAAUUUUGUUUCGCUUCACUUGGAAUUAACUUACGAAAUGAAUCCUUUUACUGAAACUGUAAUGAAUUUUACUUAUUUGGAAAUAAAUGCCAGGGUUACAACACCUGUGCAUUUUGUUACAAUACAAAAUUGAAGAAUUUUACAACAUCCGAAAUAUUUGUAAAAAAAUUGCUCUUGUAGUUAGUACUAAAGGUACUAAUCAGUGGAGUCGCUAUUAUACACUCCAAUAUAUUUUUAUUUAUUUUAUCUGACUGAAGUAAUCAAAUCAUCGUUUUUACUACUGUUACUUUACCUUCAAUGUUGAACUGUUGAGAGUGUGAGGAAUUAUUAUGAAUUGCUUCCAAUUUGAAAAAAAAAAAACAAUAUUUAAUUAGUAUUCUUUUUAAAUAUGAAUUAGAAUGUUAGAAGAAUCUUGUGGUUAGUAAAUACUGUUUGUUUUGAAGUUUCAAACUAUAAAAAACAAAAAAUAUUCGAAAUUCCUUACGUUGUAAACAAAUAACCUUUUGGAUUGUUUAUUGAUUCACGUGCCUAUUGCAGUAUGCGUGAACUUGAAAAUACAGCGGAAUUAGUUUCCAUCGCCAUACAAUUGAGAAUAUUUAAGAGUUUAUUUUAAAUUAUUUUUGGUCACAAAGGGUUUUCCUUAUUUAUAUGUAGGUAUAUAAUGUAGUACAUAAAAUGUUUCACUUCAUAAUAAUGUUCGAAAUUUUAACUUUAACAUAAUGAAAUCAUAGGUAGUUAUAUAUAUGUAAAAAUCAUCACAAAAAUAUUUCAAUCAUCCAGUGAUUUUGGUCUUAUAAUAAUAGUGUUUAAUUACUACAUUAAUAAAUCAAAAUUGUUUCCUUUUGCAUAAUUAAAGCCGAAAGUCGGUAAUUUGUUGUUACGUUUAAUACGCCUACCUACGCCCUCUUUUACUGAAUUCAUAUUUACCAGAUGUAUUACUUUUAUGAUAAAAUUGUGUAUGUGAUAAAAUUGUUUAACUGUUUUAUGCUAUUUCAGACGGUUUUUACACCAUGUAAGAGUAUAUGAGAGAGCUAAGAAUUGCUCUGUUUUUUAAUAGCAUAAAGUCUGUCUUUAAUAGUUAAAGUCACAUAUUUAUGGGACUUUACCAAAAACACCUACUUGUAGGUUUUACAAAAUUGCCUUGAUUGAUUGGCGGAAAUUGUGUUAAUUUUCCCCGGUUUACUUAUAUUAUGUCUUUAAUUGGGCUUAAAAAUAUACUUAAUCUCUUUCUAGUCAGAUUACUGUUCUUAAAGCAGUACCACAAAUUAAUGUGCAAUAGGGUUUAUAUUUUAUAAAUUAUUAUAUUUCCCUUUGAACUCUAUGGUUUUGCUGUUCCUCACAAUUUUCGCCGUUUCAAAAAAAAUUAUCGUAAUAAAAUUAAAUACUGAUAUAGACGGUGUAAAUAUUUUUACUCAUUAGAAAAAUAGUAACUUAAUUUAAAAACCAGUAUUAUUUUAACAAUUAUUUCAUUGCAAAUGUGGUUCCUAUUUAAAACAUUUUUAUUAAUCUUUUCCUUUAAUGACUUUUUGAAAAAAAUCCGUUUUCGGUUUUUUAAGAUAACUGUAAGUUGUUACAAAAAAUUCGACAGUUAUAACAUAAAAGAUGCAAAAAUCUAGGUCACAAAAAGCAUUUUGUGACAUUUUGUGAGCAGAUCUACAGUAAUACAAAAUUUGUCUUGUUAUAGUUUUCCUAUUUACUUUUAUAAUUAUUAUUUUUAUUAGUUUUGUAGAUAUUUAUUUUAGAUUUUUUUUAUUCAUUUAUUAUUUAGGGAAUAAAAUAAUACUUAUUUUUCACGUUUCCAAAGUGUCUAUAAAGAAUGAAAUUAAGAUGUCACAAAAAUACUCUAAAAUUAUGGGAUUGUUUUUCGGAUUAGUACUUUAAAUUAGAUAUUUUUAUACAGGCUUUCCGAUUUUUUUGUUUUAUUAUUUUACAUUUUUAAUUAACUUAUAUCGUACUUUAGAAGUUUGUUAAAUAUUAUUUGUAUAUAUUUGAAAUAAAUUUUAAUUUAUUUAAGUAAAAUUGUAAAUGUGUAAAGUUUUGAUACAUCUAAUAAAGCUUGUCUACUUUUGAAAGAAUUUUUGGGUGUAAAUAUUAGACAGCGUGUUUGUGUAAAAUUGAAGGAACGUAUAAUGCGGGCUACAGACCAGCAGUUGUAAUUGUACAUUAUUUUUUUCAGUUAAAUCGUUCCUGUGUAUGCAAAACUCGGCAGUUUAUUCUAAUGGUUAUAAUUAAAAUUUCGAUUAAAUAUAACUACAGUUAACAUUGCGCAAAUAAAACUGAAGGUAUUUAGCCUGCAUAAUGAAACGAUCGUCAGUUUAAAACACAAACAUGCUUGAUCUGUCAUCCCACCACAAAAUCCAAAGCCAAACGGAAUUCACGGAAUAGAUUAACUACUCGUAUUUAUGGAAAUGAUUUUAUUGGACAGUUCAAACAUUCUCAGACUGCUUGUCUAUGAUGUGUUUAUAUAGUGUCUAUGAAGCGGCUAAAGUUCGGUGGGUUUUGUAAGACUAAGCGCAUUUUUGUGUAAACUGAAGGUUUACGGUUUCAUUAAACAACAUUCCCUCAUGCUAGCCACUCACCAUCCAAUAAGUUCAUGUGCCUACAGCGCUAACGGCAGGGCAUCCGAUGAAACUGAUCGUGUGUUAGUCGCGACAUGCAUGCAUGACAUCAUGCAGAUCGCUACCAACACUCGUGAAUUUAUUGGAUGGUAAGUGCCUAGCAUCAGUUUUACACACCAAUACGCUGUCUCUCAACCGUCUACUGUCAAACGCUUAACCUCACUACUAAAUCUAAAGCCAGACUUUCAAAAGUAGACAAAUUACGACAAUUUUUGUUUAUAAAAAUACCUAUGUGAAUUUGAGUAGGUGUGUGUUAUGGUGUCAAGUAAAAUUAAUUCGAUAUUUGCAAGGAUUUUAUAGGUCCAUGGAUAUUUGUAAUAUAAUAAGAUAAGAUAGUCUGUGAUUUUAUUUCUAUCGAUUGUCAUGACAAAACACAUGUUUUUAAUUAUUUUAAUAAAAAUAUGACUUGUAA